AUGGCGGUGUUGGGUGGGCUGGGGCACGCGGCGACGGUGGCGCAGCUGGUCGGGGUGGACGUGGGCGGGCUCAUCACCAUGAUCAUCCAGGCGGCGGCGACGGCUCGGCGGAACAAGAUGGAGUGCGAGCUGCUCGCUCGCCGCGUGCUGAUGAUCAACGACCUGCUCCUGCACCUGCAGGAUCCAGAGACGAUGGUGAAGGAGCCGGAGGUCCGGCAGCCGUUGGCCGGGCUCGACCGAACGCUCCGGCAGGCGCACGGCCUCGUGACUCACUGCCAGCGUAGGAACGCCGUCUACCGGUUCUUCAUGGCGGGGCGGCUGGCUGACAGGUUCAGGGACGUGCACAGCAUGAUCGACUCCUACCUCAUCCUCUUCCCUUUCAUCAGCCACAUCGAUAUCACCCGCCGCCUCAACCAACAAAUGCGUGACACCGUGCGGGUUCCAAGCGAUCACACGACGACCGCCCCGUCAUCCCCAUCUCCGUCUGCAAAUAUCGCUCGGAAGGUAUCAUAUGGGGUCCAGGAGUUUACCUUCCAGGAGCUCGUGGAUGCGACGGAGAACUUCGCCGUCGCGCGGGAGAUCGGUAGAGGUGGCUUCAGCAGGGUGUGCGUGGGAAGGCUGGCGGACGGGCGGGAGGUGGUCGUCAAGCGCAAAAGCGUGGUUACAAAAAGCGAGGAGGAGUUCAUGGCAGAGGUCACAGUCCUGUCCCAACUCCGGCACAAGCACAUUAUACGCCUCCUGGGGUGGUGCGUGGAGGACGCGGAGGAGGACGACGACGAGGAGGAGCAAGAACGCCUGCUCGUUAUCGAGCACGUCGAGAACGGCUCGCUUUACGACCACCUGCAUGGUCAGCUGCCGCCGUGGUCUUCCUCCCCGGUGAGGGAGUCAUGGAAGGCGCGCAUCGAGAUACUGCUCGGCGUGUCACGGGCCAUAGAUUACCUGCACAACUCCACCGAGCCGCCGGUGAUCCACCGUGACAUCAAGCCUUCCAACAUCCUCCUCGACGCCAGCUGGUCCCCGCGCUUGUCGGACUUCGGCGCGGCGGUCAGCUGCUGGGACGACGCUAGUAUCGCUGACCUAACACCAAGAGGCACGCCCGGAUACGUCGACCCGCAGUACAGCAGCACCGGCGUUCUGAAGCCGACGAGCGACGUCUACAACUUCGGCGUUGUGAUGCUGGAGGUGUUGACGGGGAAGAAGCCGAUAUUUAGCUUGGAGGAUGUACAUGGGAAGGGGAACGGCGCCAUGAAUCCAUCGAGCCUGACGUCGUUCGCGCUGCCAAUCAUCGAGGCCGGUAAGGUGAGCAAGUUGCUGGACAGGCGACCAGCCUUGAAGCCAACGCUGAGGGAGAUCCAGGCGAUGGAAAUGGUGGCCCGCACGGCGGCGCGCUGUGUGCGGCUCAAGGGGGAGGACCGGCCGGCCAUGUCGGACGUCGUCGCGAAGCUCCAGGAGGCUCUCGAGCUCGUGCGUACGUAA